GUCCAGCCUGGAGGAGCAAACCAUCUCUUGGAGCUCCUAGAGGGUCCCAAACUGCUCUCCCUGCUCCCAUACUGAAGCCGUAGAAGGGGCCUCUGUAGAAAGCCCGGAUUCUUGCUCCCCCCGCCCCCCCACCUCGCUUCGCGCCCCCAUCGAAGUCCACUGCUAGCCCUGGCAGGCAGCCCCCUUCCCUCCGCAGUAACUAGCUGGUCCCACCUCCCCACCGAGGCCAAGUUCAACAAGUUUGCCCAAGAAGCCCUGGAGCCUCCAUGUCUAGGCCUGGCUAUGCCCGUCUCCGUGGCUGGCUCCACCAGCUCGGAGUCGUUCAACACCGUGCCUUCUGGGAUCGGGAGGCGGUUUGUCGAGUGGCGCUGUCUGUAAGGGUGGAGGCCAAAGACUGGCAGCCCCUGGGUUCCGAGAUUCGGUGUGCAGGCUCGAGGUUAGGAGUGCGUCAUUGAGAGCAGGCACCUCAGCCGGCAGAGUCACAGUGGCAGCUUGGAGGCUUGGACACGGGUCCUUGAAGUGAUCUGGAGACCCCAGCACCACAUCUGCCACCAUUCCGUGCUGCAGGGACACCAUGGCUCCAGAAGAGGACGCUGGAGGGGAGGUCUUAGGAGGCAGUUUCUGGGAGGCUGGCAACUACAGACGGACGGUGCAGCGGGUUGAGGAUGGGCACAGGCUGUGUGGGGAUCUGGUUAGCUGCUUCCAGGAACGUGCCCGCAUCGAGAAAGCCUAUGCCCAGCAGCUGGCCGACUGGGCCCGCAAGUGGAGGGGCGCUGUCGAGAAGGGCCCACAGUAUGGCACUCUGGAGAAGGCCUGGCAUGCCUUCUUCACCGCGGCUGAGCGCCUGAGCGAGCUGCACUUGGAGGUGAGGGAGAAGCUGCACGGGCCGGACAGCGAGCGUGUGCGGACCUGGCAGCGAGGGGCUUUUCACCGGCCAGUGCUGGGUGGCUUUCGGGAGAGCCGGGCUGCAGAGGAUGGUUUCCGUAAGGCCCAGAAGCCCUGGCUAAAGAGGCUGAAGGAGGUUGAGGCUUCCAAAAAGAGCUACCACACAGCGCGCAAGGACGAGAAGACAGCCCAGACCCGGGAGAGCCACGCGAAGGCGGACAGUUCCAUGUCCCAGGAGCAGCUUCGGAAAUUGCAGGAGCGGGUGGGACGCUGCACCAAGGAGGCAGAGAAGAUGAAGACCCAGUACGAGCAGACCCUGGCAGAGCUGAACCGCUACACCCCACGCUACAUGGAGGACAUGGAGCAGGCCUUUGAGAGCUGCCAGGCUGCCGAGCGCCAGAGGCUUCUCUUCUUCAAGGACAUGCUGCUCACCUUGCAUCAACACCUUGACCUCUCCAGCAGUGACAAGUUCCAUGAACUCCAUCGAGACCUGCAGCAGGGCAUUGAGGCCGCUAGUGAUGAGGAAGAUCUGCGUUGGUGGCGUGGCACACACGGGCCUGGCAUGGCCAUGAACUGGCCACAGUUUGAGGAGUGGUCCUUAGACACACAGAGAGCAAUCAGCCGGAAGGAGAAGGGUGGCCGGAGCCCUGACGAGGUGACUCUGACCAGCAUUGUAGCUACCAGAGAUGGCAUCACCGCACCUCCACCCCAGUCCCCAGCGUGCCCAGCAUCUCCAGGCAGUGGGCAGGAUGAGGACUGGUCAGAUGAGGAGAGUCCCCGGAAGGCUGCCGCUGGGGUGAGGGUGCGGGCGCUUUAUGACUAUGCUGGCCAGGAAGCUGACGAGCUGAGCUUCCGAGCAGGGGAAGAGCUGCUGAAGAUGAGCGAAGAGGACGAACAGGGCUGGUGCCAGGGCCAGCUGCAGAGUGGCCGCAUCGGUCUCUACCCCGCCAAUUAUGUGGAGUGCGUGGGUGCCUGAGUGCCCUGACUGCCCUAUCACAGCGUCUCUCUAUCCUCGGCCAAAGCUCAACCCUUCCUGGACUGCUGGACCUGAGGGCCCUGAACCUGCUGCUGCUGCUGUCCCUCUGACUCCGGAGGAGGGAAGAUGUCUUAGGGCCCAUGAAGGGCUCUGUGUCCAGAAAGAGGCCGACAGAGUUUAGGUGGAGGGCAGGAAGGGAGGUUGGAGGGACACCGGUGCCUGGGCCUCCCGGGGAGCAUUUGGGUCAUCCCAGGAGUGGGAAUCCAGUCCCUCAACUGUCUGGGAGUUCCUGGGGUGAGGCUGGGGAGAACGUAGUUUGGGGCUAGCAGCACCCUCUUUUGUGACUUGUAGUGUGCAUUAAACUUGAUCAAGAAUAAAAACCCCA